CUUUCCAAAGCUUAUCUUUUUCGGCAGGUUGAUUUUGGCCAUUGUCUCACUCAACACUAUCCCAGUCUUGUCAAGAAAGACCAUUAUAGAUCGAAUACUUCACCCGCUAAGUCACAUAGACAUAUCAUCAUGUCCUGUCCCGACUGCUUCAGCGGCCACGUGAACGAGGACGCUACGCCCAGAGGAACAGUCACCACCUUGCAUGGCCUGGAUGCAUAUGUGACGGAGCCAACGUCCACGGAAAACCCAAUCAAGGGAAUCAUCGUCAUCAUUCCGGAUGCGUUUGGGUGGGAGUUUGUCAAUAAUCGCAUCUUAGCGGAUCAUUAUGCCGAUAAGGGAGGGUAUAAGGUUUAUUUGCCUGAAUUCAUGAAUGGACAUGCCGCUCCCGUAUGGAGUUUGAAGACCCUAUCUUCAGUAUUCAAGACAUCAUCUAUCCUGGACUGGAUUAAGAAACCAUACCAUGUCGCCUGCGCCGCCUACGCCAUGAUCCCCUUCAUGUACCACAACAAAUUCAACACCUCCUGGCCCACCGUCAAGGCAUUCUUCACCGCCGUGCGCCGCAACGAAGGCGCCAACCUCCCCAUCGCAGCUGCAGGGUUCUGCUGGGGCGGGUUACACACCGUCUACCUAGCGCACGGCGAAGAAGCUGACAAAGUAAACGGCAAACCCUUGAUUGAUGCCGGUUUCACCGGCCAUCCCAGCAACCUGAAGAUCCCAGGGGAUAUCGAGAAGAUCAAGAUCCCCGUGAGCUUUGCGGUGGCGGAGCUGGACAACAUGUUGAAAAUGCCGCAAAUCAAGCAGAUUGAGAAAGCACUGGGAGAGGAAGUGGGGGAGGUGAAGGUCUACUACGGGGCUGGGCAUGGGUUUUGUGUUCGCGCCGAUGUGAUGGUCAAGGAUGUGAGGGUGCAGGCUGAGGAAGCGGAGGAUCAGGCGAUUGGGUGGUUUCAGAAGCAGUUUGCGAAGGUGUCUUAUUGAUUCCUGCUUAUUCUGCAUUAAUUGUUGUGGGGGAGUUUUGGUUUUCUGCUCUUUCAUAUACCCGGUUCAUCCGCAUCGGAGUCCGGAUCCUCAAUCAAG